AUGACGGAGUUAAUUAAUAAAAACACGUGUAUGAGAUCCAUUGCUUUUACACUUUGCUUCGUGCUCAUGCUUGCAUGCUUCACUGAAGCAAUUGACAGUCAGAUCAACUUCAGGAUUUAUAGAAAGACCCUGCAGGACAUUGUUGAUAAAAAUGCUCCAUUGAUUUCAGACUACACUAAGGCAGAUCUUGGCACUGUAGAUAUCGGAGAUAUCACAGUUGAAGAUGCCAUGCUAAAUAUCUUUACUGAAGAAAAUGAGUUUGAGAGCUCAAUCAAGUUCAUCGCUGAUGAAGGCUUCCAAUUAAGUAUUGACGAUCUUCUCUUUGAGCUCACAGGCAAGGUUGACGGAAAAGAUUCUGUGCUUAGAGGAGAUGUAGAAUCUUUAUUCGUCAAACUCUCUGUUAAGAAUAGCGAGAAAGAAAGAGAUACUAGUGUCAGAUUUGAUGCAGGAUCUCUCCCUCAACUUGAUAUUUCUGACUACUCUGUAAAGACCAAGAGUGAAACAUUUAAAUGGACUAUUGGGGGUGAAGAGAAAAAUGAUGCCAGCUUAAUCAAGGCUACCUCAGUUUGGAUAGACGCUGCUAUUCAAGCAAACAUGGGAAUGAUUAAAAUUAUUGUGAACUCAGCUCAGACCUACGUGGCUGAUUAUCUUACCUCUACUGUAGAUGAGGAUACCUUCAGAGGUUCACUCAGCUUUACCAAGAUCAUUUUCAAUGAGGAAUAUGCUCAACUUGGUUUGACCAGCUCUUUUAAGGAUGAAGGAGAUGAGCACUUUGUUGAAAGAAGUGAUAAAGAUCUUCCAGAAGUUACUGACGAUGAGAAUGCUGCUGUUCAAAUCUUAUUUGAUGAGAACAUUAUCAAUUCUGGUCUCCAUUCAGCAUUCCAUGCUGAUGGAGAAUUUGGACUUAGAGAUAUUCUUGGAACUGAAGACCCAGACAACGAAUACGCAGACAUGUUCAAGGCUGUCCUUCUUACCAACGUUAUAGGACAGGGAUGGAAAGAAAUUCAGGAUGAAUACGGAGGAAGCAAAAGAAUCGAUGCUAGAUGUAGUUUCGGAAAAGGACUUUUUAAAGACUUGAUUAAAAAGCUUGAGCCAUCAAAAGUCAGAUUCUUGGAAGGAAGCGAGAUUGACUUCACUCUUGGAUUCGGAUGCUCAGUAGUAGUCGAGAAAGAAGUCGGAGUUUGGGACCCAUUCAGAUCUUUCUAUGCCGAACUAUAUGCUAAAUUAUCUCUUGGAAUCAACUCUAACGAUGCCACUAAAAUGCUUCAAUUUGAAGGAGACGUUAAGGACCUCAAGGCAAAAAGGAUCAAGAUCUUCAAGAAGUCUGAUCCAAUGGUUGUUGAAGAGACUACCUUAACAAUGAUGGUCAACUUAGGAUUAGGUAUGGCUAAGUCUCAAGCCCAGACUUUGCUAGAUAUUCCUCAGAUUGGAUAUCCAACCAUUAAAAGAUGCACUGGAUUAGUCCUCUCCAACCCUUCUGUUGUUAUUGAGGAAGGAUUUGUAUCCCUUUCUACUGAUUUAGAUGUCAGCCCAGCUCAGAAAGGAUGUGAUAUUUUUGAUAAUAUGGGUUUUAACAUUUCAAGAGAAGAUCAUCCAACCAGAUCAAAGGCUGAGGAAGAGCACACCGAUGAUUUAUAA